UCGAAGUUUGAUCAAGCAAAGCAUACCUCCCCUGGCGAACAAGCCCGUUGGACACGUCGACACAUACACUGCCUGGAUUCUUCCCGAAAAUGCGGCCGUUAUGGAUGCCGUUGACUGGCUCGGCCACAACUCCUUCCCCUACUGGGAGUCCGACAAAAAUAACACUAUUGAGAACGCCCCGGACCUAUUUACCUCUGCUCUUGACCAGACAAGGGAAGUUGCUUCCCGAAGUUCAAAUGCGUGUGGCAAGGGAAAGGAGGUGUGGGUCACUGAAACUGGAUGGCCGCAUGCCGGCAAAUCUGAAGGUGCUGCUGUUGCCUCAGUUGAGAACGCUCGUCUCUACUGGACCGGCGUCGGCUGUGACCUCUUCCAAACGAGCCUCAAUGUAUUUUGGUACAUUCUGCUCGACUCCAAUGCUGAUCAGGUCAAUAAUGGCAUAGAGUUUGGUCUUACGAAGAAUAGCGAUGUUUCGCAGCCUGUCUUCAACCUUAGUUGUUCAAGCUUGCCCGACUCUUCAGGGGAAGAAUGUAACAGAUAGCAGAUACUUCCAGUUCCCUGUGUGAUAAGGAAGCUGUCGUAAUGGGGCAUGACCCCGAGCGACGAGUCAAGAGGUCCGCAGAGACGAUCUCAGGGGUAAAUGUCAAUGAGAGCGAAGAUUUAGCCUAAUGACCUAACCUACUGUGUUCUUGGUACAGAGCCAGCUCACCGGUUGACUGAUCCAUGUAUUUGCCAGGCAUCUCUCUUACAUACGAGAAAGAAAAAACAAUAUGAUCGCUUUCAAUCAUCUUAUAAGCACGUUCCCUAA